UUUAAAUUCAAAUACUACAAAAAAAAUGACAUGGGAAGUUUCCAGAAUUGACAUUUCUUUUUCACCGGAGGAAAUUUGAACAAAGAAAUAUCCCCCAGAUAUAGUGAGGACUAGUAUAUAUAUUGGGCAUUUCUGGUAAUUCCUCCCCCAUCGUCUCUCGAAGCGCGAAGCCGUUCUAUCGAAACUCGAAAGCAGCGAGAGCUCUUGGCGCGACCCAUCGAUUUCGCCAAGAAAUCCCCCAAUCUCUCCGCGAACUGUUCGACGGAAUGCACCAGGGAGCGGCGGGACCUGGCCCAUCCGGCGGUGGCGGCGACCGUCUCAGCGCCCUCCCGGACGCGGUGCUGUUCCGGAUCGUGUCGCACCUGAAGGCGCGGGAGGCGGUGCGCACGAGCGGGCUCUCCAGGCGGUGGCGCCACGUGUGGGCGUCCGCGCCGCGCGUCGACGUCCGCUACCCGUGCGCCUGCGACGGCCGCGCCGUCGACCAGAAGAGCUUCCGCGACUUCGUCACCAUCCUGCUCCUCAGGCGCCGCCCGCUCGCCCCCUUCAAGGCGCUCCGGCUGAGCUGGAGCCACGACGAGGACGACGUGAGCGCGUGGAUCGCUCACGCCGUCAGGCGCGGGGCCGAAGAAAUCGAUCUCUCCGCGAGGCGUCACCAUGGCUACCCGGUGCCGGAUUACAAACACUUCAUUUCUCCCAAGAUCAAGAUCUUGAAGCUGACGCAUCUCGGGACGACGAGGUUCACGGCCGACAACACCCUCGACCUGCUCUGCUCUGGCUGCACUUCUUUGGAAGAACUGGAGCUCAAGGAUAUCAAAUCACUCUGGGGGGGAAUUCAAUCAGACUCGCUGAAGCGCUUGUCGAUCAUCAACUGCCAUGUGACAUCCGAUGGCUUCCUGGUUGAAGCUCCCAAUCUUAUAUCGCUCUGCUGCAUCAGACCUGCCCGAGCUGUUCCUUGGUUCAGCCACAUGGUGUCGCUGGUGGAAGCCACUGUCGUGCUUGAUGAUUCUCGCUUGAGUGAUGACUAUCAGCAGCCAGUGUUGGAGGAUGACAACGAUGGGUCUGAUUAUGAUGAUAAUUUCUUUGCACCUAAAGCUGAGGGCCCUGAUGAUAAGAGAGACAAUGAAGCUGAUAAUGACUCUGGUGAUAAGAGAAAUAGGGACGGUAGUAAAUCUGAUCUUGAUGAUCAUGAUGGUGAAUAUGAUCAUGAGGAUGGUUCUGAGUCUGGUGAUAAAGAGGUUGAUGAUCUUGAAGGUGGCGAUGAUCGAACUGUGACCUAUGGUGAGAUUGCAGAUGAGUCUUCCAGUUAUGGUAUUCCCAUUCCCAGUGAUGAAUAUGGCGGAAACUAUGGGAACCAUGAUUAUACUAUUUUCGGUGGUGAUCAUAUGCUUGACCACUUGUCAGAUGUUAGAACUUUGGGUCUGUUAGGCCAUCAAGGAGAGAUGCUUCUGAGGAGGCAACUGGAAAAUUGCCCCAUUUUCAAUAACCUGAACACUCUAACCCUUGGUGAAUGGUGUAUGGCUCCUGACUUCAGUGCUUUGUCAACCAUACUUGAGAACUCACCUCAUGUAGAAAGGCUUUAUCUUAACCUUGACAUGGACAUCCACAGAAGCAGAGGGGGCAUCAACCCAACGGGAGGAUCAUUUGCUUGCAACAACCUGAAGAAGGUUAAGAUCACAUGCCGUAAAGAUGAUGUAAUGGUCCAUAUGCUGGCAAAAUUCCUCCAACGUAACGGCAUAUCGCUUCAGAAGAUUUUUGUUCGUCGCACUUCCAGCACUCAUAAUGGCGAGGAAGGCACGGGCAAGGACUCCAGUGCAAAACGGAAGGCGCAAGACGAAGCUGCGAGGCGAGCAGUGAAACAGCUGAGGAGGGCACGAAACAGUAGAAGCCCAGAGUGAGGGAAAGGUGUUUAAAAUGCUGAAAACCGGUAUGGAUGUUGAGGAAUCCAGUGCUGAGUUUACAUUGCAGUUAACAGUAGGAUUGUCUACUGAAUGUGUAACUAUAUGCACAGUGUUAGUACAGUUACCUGGAUAUAUGAAAAAUUUUGCAUUCGUUGGUGUUGCAUGAAAAAAAGAUGGUUGGUCACAAUGUUCAGUGACUUGGAGAA